AUGACUGGUAAAGACGCGCGUGGGCCAUCCUCAUCGCCAUCAAUAUCAUCAACACCGACGACGCCAUCGCCACAGCCGGCGAUAGUGACAACAAACAGCAAAACUACCAACAUCACCACAACCACGGCACAUCCACAUUUACAAGAGAAACAUCAAAACCAAAAACAACUAUUCGCCAAUCAUCAAACAUCCGCAGAACUGGCAUCAAAAUCAGCAACACAACCCCAUACAAAUCAACAAUAUCAACAACAAAACCAAAACCAAAAACAAAAAUAUCACCCACAAGAAGAUCAAAAACAACAUCAACAUCAACAUCAACAACAGAAAUCGCAUAAGAAAUCGAAAGUCAAGGCAAGUAGCAACAGGAGCAACAGCCAUUGCUAUAGCAACUACAAUUACAACAAUAAUAAUAAGAACAACAGCAUUAACCAUAGCAACAGCCAUAAUAGUACUAGUAACAGUAAAUAUUUUCUACAACGCAGUAAACACACUAACAACAUUUAUUCAUCAGGAGCCACACUGGUGGAGGAAGAGGACUUCAAUGAAUUGACGGCAGUGCCCACGGCGACCAUUGUGAUAGCGACGAACGCAAACGGCAAAGUGCGUGUUAGUCCACAUACAACCGCCAACGGCAGUGCCGUUAUAGGCACAGGUAUCGGCAUCGACAAGGAGUCGGUACGCAAGUUGCCGCUACCCUUGAAAUUGACCACCAAAACAACGUCAAGACAAACAAUUGACGCGCCAACGAAAAAUAUACUACAACGCCAACAGGCGACACACCAGCAACUGGAACAGCUGAGUCCAACAGAAACUAUAUUAGAACAGAAAUUAACGGCGCAAACAAGUGAAGAGAGCCAACCCACUGAAUUGACGCCGUUGGUAGAAGCGGAUGACAUAACACUACACUCCAAUCACAGUCCAAUCGCAAUAACCCCCUCUUCAAAUACAAAUACCGCCAGUUCAACGCAACGUUCUUAUAGUACAGCGAUAGCCGCCUCUGUUUCGCCAACGGCUAGCGUUGGUUUAGCCGCAACAUCGCAAUUCGGUGGCGGCUUAUCGCCUGCCACAUCUGCAGCCAGCAUCAUCUCUACCGUCGACGUUGCCAAUCCGCCAAACAUCUACGUUCAGCAAUCCAGCUUACCGACUGCACCAACGGCGCCUCCACCUACGGUUGUGGCUGCAGCCGCUGCCGCCACCGCCACCACCACAACCUACAGUCACAACUCUAAGACAACUCGUUCAUGGCCAGUUAUCUAUAGGAAUCCGCAUCAUUACGAUUACGAAGCUCUAUACGUGCAGGCGACCAAACCAACGAGUGGCAGCAAUCACCAUUACCACCACCAGCCGACAAGUAAUUUUCAAAUAGGAAGUUCCGUUUUCAAACCGAACUGCUACUCAAAUCAAUUUGCCCAAUCAAUUUUGUACACAUCCAGCAAUGAGGACUUGAGCGCAAUCAAUGAGCACGGCGAUAACUUGGGCGGGUUCAAUGGUGUUGGUGGCGGUACAACCAGUGGUAGCGUCGCCAUAACAGCAUUUAUGAACAUCCGUCAGCUGUGGGGCAUAAUUCUCCAUUUCAAUUCGAUCCAUCCGCAGCAACAACUGCAGCCGCCGCAGCGGCUGUUGAGAGUUUAA